AUUUCCCUCUUCUUCUCCAACUCCCAAAUCUCACAAUCCUUAGGGUUCUUCCGAUUAGGGCUAAAUCGAAUUCGUAAAAGAUGUUUCAGAACGGGAAGCUGGUCCCACCGAAUAUGCACCAGAACAACAGCACGAGGCUCCUCAACCUCAAAGUCCUCCGGCGAAUCGAUCCUUUCAUCGAGGAGAUCCUUAUCACAGCAGCUCACGUCACCUUAUACGAAUUCAACAUCGAGAGCAGUCAAUGGAGUCGUAAGGACGUUGAAGGAUCUUUGUUCGUCGUCAAAAGAAAUAGACAGCAGCCUCGAUUCCAGUUUAUUGUGAUGAAUCGUCGGAAUACAGAUAAUCUGGUGGAAGAUCUGUUGGGAGAGUUUGAGUAUGAAGUCCAAGGUCCAUAUUUACUUUACCGUAAUGCAGCUCAAGAAGUUAAUGGGAUUUGGUUUUACAAUCAAAGUGAAUGUGAUGAGGUUGCACGUCUCUUCGGCAGAUUACUUAGCGCAUAUUCCAAGGUCAACCAGAAGCCAAAUACGUCAUCUUCUUCGCAAAGGGAGUUUGAGGAAUUGGAAGAUGUGCCCACAGUGGCAGUUGUGGAUGGUCCUCUUGAACCAUCUUCAAGUGGUAGAGAUGCCCCUCCUCAUGAUCCUGCUUUUAUCAACUUCUUCACUUCUGCGAGGUCUCUUGGCAACACUUCGGCUGGAUCACCAUACAUGUCAUCAGCAAAUCAUCCACAACCUCACCAACCCACCAUCGCCCCUGCAACAGCUGCACCUCCACAGAUAUUAUCACCACCGCCUCUACCAUCCUCCUCUCCUCUAAUGCCUCUUUUUGACAACAAUCCUCAUCGUAUCAGUAGCAACUCCGACGUUCACACAGGUUUGGUGGCGCCGUCCUCUGUCUUUGGUGGACCCCCAGGGAUGAUGAUGGCUCAACCACACCUCAUUCCUGGUUCAUCUAUGCCCUCUGCUCCUCCUCUGAACCUUAAUAAUACGGCGACUUAUUACCAGCAGCGCCCGCUUGGUACUCCGAUGCUCCAGGCUUUUCCACCACCAUCACUCGCUCCUGUGAACAAUGUCCCCGUUAUCAAUAGAGACAAAGUCAAAGAAGCCCUGUUAGCGCUGGUUCAGGAGAAUGAAUUCAUCGACAUGGUGACCCGAGCUUUACAAAAUGCAUAUCAACCAUGAAGCUAAGCAGGGUCGUUGGUGUUUGACGUAGACUGUAUAGUUAAAACGUAGUUUAGUUUAGUUAAUUCUCUCUUUGAUAACUUUUUUUUUUUUAACAAAGUGUUAAUUGUUGGAACCUCCUUAUUAUAAUCAACAUUUCUAAUCAUCG